AUGGAGCCCUGGCUACAAGAGCAAGCAAACGCCGCGGGCGGUAGACCCACUCCUCUUGAUGGCCGCCCUUCCUACCAUCACUGGAUGGGAAUCUUCAACGGGCAGCUGUUUACGUACCAUCACUUGGCCGCUCUGUUUCCGGAGCGUUACGCUCCUCACUCAGGAGAGAGGUUCCCGUUGCACUGUCCCGUCGUCGGCUGCCACGCAGUUCAUCAAUUUGCUGUGGAACUGGCUGGUCAUUUCACCGUUGCUCAUCUUAGUGCCCGUCUCCUCGAUAACCGCAAUGGCACCUUUUCCAACCUGGGCCCGCAAGAUGAUCCCCGUGGGUUCGCCUUCGUUGCUGCCCAAAGGCAGACACCACUUGGUUGGGCGGCACCAUUCCAGUUCGACCCGCCUUCGGAGACGAGCAGCGGCGCCGCCACGCCGGUGCCCGAAAACGCCGACGACAACCCGGGUAACGGCGUGGCGGAGCCCAACGACGGCAGCGAGUCUGACCAGUGGCGCGAUUCGGGCAUCAGCAUGGCCGCGACCAGCGAAGACAGCGACGACGACGACGACGACGACGACGACUUUUCUGCGCAGACGAUACAAAUCCCCACUGUCCAUCCCGUCGCCCAAGCCCGCGGCGGCGAUGGACCUUCUGCUGCGGACGGAGACCCCAUGGACGUCGACUCCAACGUUCGAUCCCCCGCCGCCCAAGCCGUCCCCUUCCCCAGCCUGCUUGUGCUCCGCACCAUCCACGACCACCAUCCCCGCCAGGAGCUGCCCGACCCAACCCCUCUCGAACUAGAGAUCUGGCCCUACAUCACGCGCUGGACUCUCUACCCUCUUCCCCUCCCCUCCCCUUCUACCCCCGCCCAUCGCACCUUCCUUGCUCUCCUCUCCUUCCCCCGCAUCCGCACCUUGCCGGUCUCCUGGCAAGAGCGCCUGCGAGCCCGUACCCCCUCCCUCGGCACCCUCACAGCAAUCGCCCUCUACCUUGGCGGCAGAGCCGAGUUCGGCUCGCCCUGCCAGUCACACUGCGGGCAGCAUGGCGCCCUGGUGGAGAGGCUGUUUGCUGUCCAGAGGGAGGAAGCCUGGGAGAAUGGGCUGGGGCACUGGAAGUUCGAGAAGAAGUUUGCGUUUCCGAGGUGUGUGAAGGUGCCGGAGGCGUUGGAGGGGGAUCGGGAGGUGGAGGAGGUGUUGGGAGGAAGGCCGUGUUGUAACCAUUUCUUCAGGGAGUUGAGGGGUGCGUGGGAGACGAGCGAGCCGUUUCCGCCGAGACCGCCGGGUGGUCUUGUUUGGAAUGGGCCGAUGUGGUAG